GACGAUUCCACAUUGACGGAUUGUAAACUAUCGAGAAAUAAUACGUAAAAUUGUAAGUGGUUGGUUGCAGUUCACAAUUAUUCGUCAGUUUAUAAUAUCGCGAGAUUGAUUAUAAACUAACGAUGUUCACAAUCAUACGGUGACAUAUAUAAAACCACAAAAUACAGUCAAAGAUGGGCCUCAAGCGUCAACGAGUAAAGAAGAUCUUCCAUCACAAGAAACAGUCUCUACUGAAAAUAUCUUGCCUUGUCAAGAACAAAUGUGCAGUUCAAAAACACCUACACCCGCCCAAGAUGAGAGCAAAAAAAAUUUCAGUUAUGUAAUCAAGUUUAAAUUCAUUACUUUUGCAAAGAGAUUCUGGAUAGUCUACAGCUGGACUUGAUAUAGAAAUAAAAAAACUAAAAGACAAAAUAGAAACUGAAAAAAAAUCUCUCAAGCGUAAACAAUUAGCUCAACAAAUAUCAUCGAAAUUCCAUGCAAUAAAAAAAAGGAAGCUCGAGGAUGUUUGUCUUGAGCACCCGGAUGGAGCAGAAAAAUUAAAAAUAAGAAGGAAUCCAGGUCGGCCGAGGAAGAGGAUCAACCAGCUUUAUUGCAAAACGAUCAUGAAAAUUACCAUCACUGAGUAGAAAUGCUACGUACUUACGACUUUUACCACGAAAUUCAAUUUCUCGUGUAGGAAAGAUACAUGUCUCUAAGGUUCCGGUGAAAUUAAUUCGUGCUCAAAAUGACUUGAAGAAAAAACAUAUUGACACCGAGUUUGCCACAGCUUCAAUUAGAUAUUUAGAGAGUCCUACUUCUUUUCUUGGACCUAAUGAAGUAUUUUUUUUUUCUCAGGAUGAUAAAGCCCGAGCUUCAAAACAAGCACUAUUAUUGAUACAUAUGCAAUAUGGGUUUCUCUUCCAGACCAUGACUGGGUAGUGGCUGCUGGACAUAAAUUGAUACCAUCUGUAUACACGGGUAUUGUUAUUGAACCGAAUGGUUUUGGAAAUCCUUCAAAAGUAACUUAUUCAAGACCAACAUUUAUAGCUAUUCGAAAUGGCAAACAUUCUAGUUUGACAGCCAAGACACAUGCUGAUGAUUUCAAAAAAUUUUUGAACGGCAGUCAUUUAAAAGUUUGGCCUACAACAACAUUGGAUCGCCAAAACCUGUAGUGAUCAUUUCUGCUGAUGGAGGACCUGACGAAAAUCCUCGCUAUGAAAAAGUAAUAUUCUAUGCUAUCCAGCAUUUUUGGUGAUUUUAAUUUAGAUGCUUUAUUUGUUGUUACAAAUGCACCAGGCAGGAGUGCUUACAAUCGUGUGGAAAGGAGAAUGGCUCCAUCAAGUCAUGAGCUUGCUGGCUUGAUUUGGCCUUACGAGCAUUAUGGGUCGCAUUUAGAUUCUUACGGUAAAACUGUAGAUAAAGAUUUGGAGAAAAAAAACUUUGAAUAUGCAGGGACAACAUUAGCUAGUGUUUGGAAGUCAUUAAAAGUUGAUAGUUAUGAUGUAGAUGCAGAGUAUAUUGCACCAAAAGAAGAUGAUAGUGAUGAUGCACAAAUAUUAAUUAAUGAUUGGUACUGUAAACAUGUUCGUGAAUCACAAUACUUAUUACAAAUUUUGAAAUGCUCAUUCAAAGACUGCUGUGGCCAAACUAGAAGUAGUUUGAGAAGUUUACUUCCAAACGGAUUUUUGCCUCCAUCAAUUAAAUUACAACAAACUCAAAACGGAUUAAAGGUAUCGCAAGUGAAUUCUGAAGAUGGUAAAUAUCUUAAUUUAUUUGCUCGUCUUGGGGGUGGAGGUCUGAAAAAACUGAUUUUAGCAUGAUGUAUUUUAUGAACGGCCCCAUUAUAAGUUCUGCCAUAACAUUCCAUAGCUACCAAUAGAUGAACGAAAAGUCACUGGGAAAAGAAGAAUAACCUCAAAAUUGUAAUAUGACAUUAAAAUACUUUACCUGUCAAAUAAACGCCAUUUCCGACUUUAAGACACAUUGCUCUCUUCAAAAUGGCGUUUUCUCCUACAGUACCAAUCAUUAGAGCCAGUCGAUCAGCUAAAAUUUUACCAUCAGGUGUUUUUAACUGUUUUAACUGUUCGCUAUCCAGAAAUAUCUAUAAAAUUAGUAGUAAAAACAAAAACGUAAUUGAAUAUUGAUGAAAUUACUUUGGUAUUAAGUUGACUCGGUGAUUUUUGAUGAUUCUUAACGUAAUUUAAACAACUGAUAGUUGUUUCUUGCACCAUAUCGUGAAAUUCUUUAUUUCUAGAUACGAAAUCAGUUUCGCAGUUAACUUCUACGAGUACUCCCGAAUUAUCAUCAACGGCUACUCCUACGAGUCCUUGAGUUGCUUGUCGGCCUUCUAGUUUAGUCGCUUUCGACCAACCUAGAGCCUGAGCUUGUUGUUUUAACCAUACUUCGGCGUCUGUUAUAUUAUUGUUAUGCAUUUCUAAAGCUUUUUUACAAUUUGCAAAAGUAUAACCUAAAUACGAAUAAAUAAAUAUAAUUAAA